AUGGAAAACGCAGGACAAACCAUUUCUGGAUCGUCAUUAGUGAUUUGUCCUCCUGGGUACUACCUCCAGUCCGAUCAAACUUGCCUGCCUUGUCAAGUUGGUACUUAUCAACCUUAUGCAAAUCAAUCCGACUGUUGGCUAUGUCCGUAUGGCUUAACUACAUCGUCAUCAGCAUCGGUAGCUGUUGACCAGUGUCAAGUAGCGAACAGUUUAAUUAUCGUCUCCUACGUUUUAUUUGCAACCUGUAUCUUGAUGGCUUUAAUAUUAGGACUAAUACUUUUAAUCGAGUGCUUAAUACACAGACGUCAUAUCCGAAAUCUGUCCGAAAAACGUCAAGGCGAAUGGAAUGUUAAGUCAUGUAAUGAUAAAUCAAUCUAUCCAACUCAAUUUAAUCUUUAUCGAAAGCAGUAUAGUGAAGACGACGAUGAUUUGGAGUGGGAUAUUUUUCAAGUGCCGGCAUGGGAAUAUAGCGAUAUUGAGCAGGUAUUAAGCCGUAAAAUUAAGGAGAAAAAUGAAGCAAAAAAAACAUCGCAACAAUUACCUGAUACUAGAGACUUACAUCAAACUAACAAAAUGAAAUUAUCGCGUUGCCAGGAUGACAGUAUUCGUGAAUUUAAUACUAGUAAAAUAACUCAGCAAGAAAGACAGCAUUCACCCGAUAAAAGAAGAACGAGUAAAGUUCCCUUACCUGAUACUGCGUUCGAUUUGCCAUUCGAUAAAGAACUUACCGUUAAUCAAGAAAAUCAGCAAUGUGAUUCCAGUUCUUCUACGUUACAUCAGCAAAAUAACCAAGCAGGUCCUAAACAAUCAAAAGAAUUGAUUGACCGAACUCAAACAGAGGGUAAUAUAUUACAGUCUUCUUGGAAUACGAUUCCGCCUAAGUUCCCAAUUGAGCAACCGUUUGAUAGUACUAGACGUAAUAGUGACCAUGUAAAACAAAUAACUCCUCAGCACUCCCGAAUUUUCCUUCCGACACCAAUUACUAGAGGUGAUUCCUGGUUCGCUUACGAAUCAAAAAGAGCAUUAGAAGGAUUUUACAGGAAAAAUGAUAGGCCAUUAAAGCACCCUGAAAUACAAGAAGACAUAGAAGAAAAACAAGAAAAUGAAGAACAGUUUUAUCUCGAUGACUAUCUACAACAGCAUGAUGACCAUGAGGAGAGUAAAGACUAA